AUGAACACGCAGUUUAGCCAUGUCGGCAAGACCGACAAGCCAGAGGACGACAAGGACGACAAGGACGGGCCCCUGCAAGCUGAUGUGGCGUUCACCAGCGUCACCGAUGUUUUCAAGCAACUCGAACGCGCAGCCAAGGCCAUGCCCGGCCAAGGACGCUUCGAUGGCCUUGUGGUCGGCAGUAUGUCACCCGCCAAUUUUGACGUUUUGAGCAACGAGCGGGACCGGCGCGAACGCCACCUGCGCCUCUUUUUCUUGCCCGACCAAGAGACUGCGAUUGUGACCGUCCCCAGCGCGCCUCACGAACAGGCGCACAGUCGGUUGUACACGUUGGUGGAUCGCCAGCUGUUUGCAAUGGGACUUGAUCCAGAAUGGAGGGGCACACAGGCGACCCGGUUCUCGUCGCCUGGUGGCGGUGGCCAUGGUGAGGGGGACUCUGGCGGCGGCCUACGACGGGGCAACAGAUACAACAACCAAAGGUGGCCAACUCUAGUUAUCGAAGCGGGUGUUAGCCAGUCCAUGGCCGCGUUGCGCGCCAAAGGCCGCUGGUGGCUUUCAGCGUCCAACUUCCAUAUGAAGGUCGUUGUUCUGGUCAAGACCGUCAUCCGCCGGUCCUUGAUCACGAUAGAGAAGUGGACCGCUGAGCAGCAGUUUGGUUCGGGAAGCAACCGCCUUGGCGCCACAACCACGCGCCAGCAGCAGAUGGAGAUUUCGUGGUCCGGGCCUGGGCAUAUCCUUGACACGCAGCCCGAUGACCGUGCAGCGGCGCUCUUCACCGUCGUUGGUGCAUCUCUGGUGCUGCGGUGUGAGGAGCUUUUCCUGCGCCCACCGGUUGCUUCUGAGGGUCAACAGGAUAUCGUGAUAUCCGCGGAAGACUUGAAAGACUUGGCUAGCCGUGUGUGGGAGGACGUCGAGUGA